AUGAGGAUGAGGAGACUCACCGGAAAUGAGAAGAUACAAUGUUGCGUCUCCUGCGCGCUAGAAGUGUGUGUGUGUGUGUGUGUGGUCGUGAGUCGAGACGCUCGCACUAAAGUGGACCGGACGCCGCUGCACAUGGCCGCAUCCGAGGGUCACACACGCAUCGUGGAGCUGCUGCUGAAGCACGGCGCCGACGUGAACGCCAAGGACAUGCUGAAGAUGAGCGCGCUGCACUGGGCCGUGGAGCACAGCCACAGAGACGUGCUGGAGCUGCUGCUGCGCUUCGGAGCUGAUGUUCACGCGCAGAGCAAGUUCUGCAAAAACGCACUGGACAUCGCGCUGGACAACAGCAGCCACGAGCUGGCCGAGUUCCUGCAGGUGGCGAUGCAGAACCAGAUCAACACAAACCCAGAGAGUUCGGACACACUGACCAUCCACACGGCCGUGCCGCGGUUCAUCAUCGGCCCGGGAGGAGUGGUGAACCUCGCCAGACUCGUGUCGCCCGCCAGCAGCUGCAAACCCACAGUGGUGGCCACAGAGGAGCUGAUCACUGCAGACUCCAUCGACGGGGCCAUACAGCAGGUCAUGAGCUCUGGAGGUCAGCAGGUCAUCACCAUAGUAACAGACGGCAUUCAGCUGGGCAACCUGCAGACGGGCGCAGGCAUCAGCCAGCCCAUAAUAGUCACCAUGCCUGACGGGCAGCAGAUGCUGACGGUGUCGGACACAGAGGUGGCAGAGGAGACGGUGAUCAGUGAGGAGCCGUGUGUUAAGCGUCAGCGUCUGAAGGAGGAAGACGACGAUCUGAUGACAGAAACACAAGACGCUCAGAUCCAGCAGACGCUCUCACUGGAGGACUUCCAGGAGAAGGUGGCUCUUCUGAAGCAGCUGGAGGAGGCGAACCGCGAGGCGCAGAAAUACAGACAGCAGUUCCUGAAGAAGGAGCGGGAGGCGGAGGCGUACAGACAGAAGCUGGAGGUCAUCACACGGCAGAGCGUGAAGAAAGCAGCGUGAAAACACGCCGUCAGCUUCUGUGACUGGAUCCUUAUCAUUCAUUUCCUUCAGUUCUCCUCAUAAAGCGCCUCAGCUGUGGUGCUCAUGUGGCCGACACGGGUUCGAUUCUGACCCACAUCCCAGCACCCUUCACCAGCCUUUGAAUAAAGAGACAAAAGCCCCUCAAAACCUGAACGAGGAUGUUUAAUUGCGCAGUAAUGUCAGAUUUCUUGAUGCACAGUAAAAAAUCAAAAGUUGAGGCAACCAGCUUCAGGAGAGUUUUGAGUUUUCUCAAC